AUGGACUUUGCGCGGAAAAUCAGCAAAUCCGACGAACCGCUAACCUGGAAGCGGUCUCGCAUGCCGAUCAUAACUACCAGGGAUAACCCCUUGUCCGAAAGCGAUGCAUCUCUUUCAGAAGACCGUCGUCUCGUGAAUUGGAAGAGAUGGCUCGCAGAUCGGCAGAGACGAAGUCGUCGUAUCGAACUCGUUACCGGCCGCUCGCAAAUCGAUCAGCUGCAAGGCUCCUCGGAGAGGCAUCGUGCUUACGUCGAGACGAAAGAGCUGAUGGAACACGCGAGCAUUCCGGUACCCGUAAUUCCCGAUAAAUAUCGCGGCGGGCCGGAAUUCUGGAGAACAGCCGAGCUGCUGCCAGAUCGCGGCGACGAUUCCCUGCCGGAAGUGUCGUUGACGUUCACGAGAAAGCAGCUGAACCUUCCUCCCGACUUGACGCGCAUCGGAUUGCCGGAUUUAACGGCGAAGGAGCGGGAUCUCGUCGGAUUGAAAAUCAAGGAAGAACCCUGGAGACGUGACGAAUAUCUCAAGACGCGCAAACUCGAGCUGGCUAGAGAAAUCUCAUUGCUGCUGCCCAAGGAGCCGGAAAUCGCGGCAUUGGCCGUCCGAGGACGGGCAUUUCGAAAGAAGAAACCGCGACCGCGAAUUCCACUGAUAUCCAUUACAAAGCCCGACGAAGAGGAGUCAUGCGAGGAUGUCGAUCAGACGACGAUUCUGAAGAUCCAAGAUCGAGAAUUCAUUUGGAGGAAGUGUUCUUGCGGGACGGAGGCAACUGACGCCGAAGCCAUUAUGUGGUCUGUAACUUUCGAGAGUAAGAUCGAUGAGCGAGUCGAAAAGGAGAUCUCUCUCGAGAACAGAGGCAGCCGCGUAAUCUUGUAUCACUGGCGGGAUUCGUCGUGUCGACUAACCGGCGCGACCAUCCGAAAGCGCAGCAGUCCGUUCUUCUUUAACAAGACGAGAGGGCUCGUACUUCCAGGUCAGUUCGCGAGGAUCAAGGUAUGGUAUCGAUCUCGCGUUCACGGGGUCUCCACCGAGUGCUGGCGGCUCGUCACGGAGCCGAGACUGAGUCCCUCGGAAUUCGUGUUCCGUUUCUGGGGCUGCGCGGUCGAUGGAGACACAGAAUCGACGGAUGAUCGAGCGAUCGAUGAGUAUCUGGAUCGCCGCGUUCGUGACUCGAUCGUACGUUCCAUCGUCGAGGAAGUUGUAGCCGGUGUGGAGCACAGCCAGCCGCCCGAGCCGGUUUACAAAACACUAUUUUUGGAGAGCGAUUUGUUCAGCUCUCUGAAUCCUCGUUACUUCUACCAUCCGAGUGUUGUGAUGCAACUGCGUGAAAUGCAUCGCGAGAUCGCCGAUGAAAACGCGCCAGCCUGGAACUUGUCGCUGGAUAUUUUGCGAAAUACUCUUUUACAAAUUGGAGAGACAAGCUACAGGCGCGAUAUGCUUGCGCGAUUUUACGAGCUCUGUAAACGGUGUCUCAGGCCCACUUUACACGAUGUUACUCGCGACAACAAGAGCGACGCUGUGUACGACGUACUGUGCGCUUUCGCGAAUCUCUUUGAAGCUGAAAGCGAUUUUGUAAAAAAUAACAGCUUGAUACGAGAGAAGCAGCCCGUGGCCACGUUGAAAGUGGAUCACAAGCCACAAAGAUCAACAUCUUUUUCGCGAGGAACCAAUAAUAACUUGCGAGAGGCGCGUGGCGCGAAGUCGACCGAUCAAUCGCAAAAUAUACAGACGCAAAACAAACAGGGAACUCUUGACUUAAAUCUUCAGCCAUACAGAGAAGCGUUCUUUAUCCGCAUGUAUAAAGCUUUAGAAGAAGCGGUAGGACGAGCCUGCGCCAUUGUCGAUUCGUUUAAUAGACUCAAUCGACCGGAGAAACAAUCGUGA